UUAGGUCCUUAUGAAACAUCAAUUUUGCCAUAUUUUUUAGUUGCAUUUUGUGUGUGGCUCGAUCAGUUGGUUUAGCAAGUUCUGAUAAAGUAGUUAUGAAUGUUUGUUAAAAACAAGUGCUUUGAUACUGCUGCUGGCUGAUCACUCCUGGGACGACGGGAUAAAGUGCAACUGCGUCAGAAAAGUGCAAAGUUUAUGCCAUUCAGUUGGAGAACAAUGAGCACCAGCUAUCCAGAUGCACCCCUCGGGAUUCGACUUGUAACAUCUCUAUGGGGGAAAGUCUGUCCCCGAUGGCAGGUCAAUCGACUGCUCUGGUUCAAAUGCUCGGUGCUCACGCUCACUUAUCUGGCAUACAUGUGCUACCACAUGACAAGGAAACCGAUCUCCGUAGUGAAAUCCGUACUGCACCGGAACUGUUCUGGUGUUCAGAUUCCACCGGAAUUCAUCCACAACGGUGGGGAGCCUCCGAAUGAUAGCACCUGGUGUGACUACGCACCUUUCGAUGGGCCCGAUUCGGCAGCGCUGCUGGGGACGCUGGACUCGUCAUUCUUGUUUAGUUAUGCAAUUGCAAUGUUUUUUUCGGGAUUUAUUGCAGAGCGGGUCUCAUUGCGAUACUUUUUAACUUUUGGUAUGCUGUUUUCGGGCAUUUUUUGUUAUCUCUUUGGCAUUGCUAAGGUAUACAAUGUUCAUUCGAUGAUGUACUUUGUGUUCGUACAAGCAAUGGCCGGUGUUUUCCAAACCACUGGGUGGCCAGGAGUGGUCAGCAUUGUGGGUCGUUGGUUUGGCAAGUCGAAGCGUGGUUUGAUUUUUGGCAUUUGGAAUAGCCAUACAUCUAUUGGAAACAUCAUGGGAACACUGAUAGCUGGAUACUAUGUUGAGGAGGAUUGGGCAAUGUCGUUUGUAGUACCCGGAUUCGUGAUGGGACUGUUCGGUUUCAUUAUGUUUCUAUUCUUGGUUGAUCGACCCGAGAUAGUGGACUGUCACGAGAAAGUUGGUGACCAUAUGGGAGCAUAUAGGCGAAUCGAAGAUGCGCGAGUCAUAGAGUCGGGCGAAAUCUCCGAUCGCGAUGAAUAUGUUACUGAACAGGAUAACCCUUCAUUACGAAGCUUGCGAGGCAGUUUUUAUUCUAAUAACGUUGAUGUAAAUGAGCGUACACCAAUUAUAGGCAGUGUCAAUAGAGCACCAACUCAGCACGCCGCUAUUGGUUUCGUUGGUGCACUACGUAUUCCAGGAGUAGUGGAAUUCUCAAUGUGUCUAUUCUUUUCCAAACUUGUUAGUUAUACUUUCCUGUUCUGGUUGCCACUAUAUAUUCAGUCUUCUACAACACUAAAUGCACAGCUAAGUGCAGAUUUAUCGACACUAUUCGAUAUUGGUGGCAUUGUAGGCGCCAUAGCAGCUGGUCUGAUAUCCGACUACAGUGGAAUGUCCGCCUCAACAUGCACGGGCAUGCUAGCGUUGGCCGCACCCGCUUUACUCCUUUAUCAACAAUGGGGUGCCGUCAGCUUAUCUUUUAACAUAUGUCUGCUUUUUAUCGCGGGAGUGCUGGUUAAUGGUCCUUAUGCGCUUAUUACUACUUCCGUUAGUGCUGAACUUGGUCAACACAAAUCAUUAAACGGUAAUUCCAAGGCGCUUGCAACUGUGACAGCUAUCAUAGAUGGUACUGGAUCAAUCGGAGCUGCCGUCGGUCCACUGAUUGCUGGAUUCAUUUCUUCAUCUGGCUGGGAGAAUGUCUUUUAUAUGCUAAUUGCUUCUGAUAUAUUGGCUCUACUAUUGUUAUUAAGGCUUGUGGCAAAAGAGGUAUCACGGCGGUCCAGGCGAAGUAACGUCCGCGUAGAAUAACGCAAUAGAUAGGCGAUUAACAAAUUAAGCAUAAAAAUAUCCCAAAUGACUUCCUAGCUAAUGUGAACUGAUUUUAAGCAUCUCACAAUUUUUUUAAAUAAUGAUUUCCUUUUUUGCGGAAAGCUUUAA